AUGACCAACAUCAAGGAGAGUCAGUUGUUCAUUACAAUCAGUCAAAUACCAUGGGCUUUUGCAUAUUCAACCUGGUAUCACCAAUAUCCUUGCUUUCCCCUGCAAGCUAUCCAAGGGGCAUCCCUCUUGUCUGAAUAUACCCUCAUCGAUUGUGGAACCUGGCUCUCAUCUUUUGACUCAGUCAUGUCUGAUCUAACAAUCUUCAAAGCUGGCUCAGAUGAGUUGUCAAAACAAAGUCACUGA